AUGGCGUUCGUCCUUGCUCCGGCCGCUCGCAGGCGAUUCGCCUCCCUCCGGAAGCUUCGUGACCAGAGGUCGGCAGUGCUGGACUUGCUCAAAGAGAAGGACGUCUCCUCCUCAGAGCUGCGUUGGGCCCUGGACGAUGUGUGUGGCGAGCUGGGCGAGGACUUGGUGCCGGUGGUCCGGGGCCUUGUUGCCAAGAAGCUGUGGGAAUGGGCCUUGGACCUCCUCUGGGAGGAGAUGAGUUCUCCACGCCCUUCUCCGGCAAAUCAGGUGGAUUCGAAUCCAGGAAUGCCCGUUGGGGUGAUCUCGGCUUUGAUGCAGGGCUGCCAAAGAGCAGGCGCCUGGGAGACAUGUGUGGCCUUACUCCACACAGCCCAGCAGCAAAGAUUACCAUACAAUUUGGUGUCCUUCAACGUGACCAUCGAUGCCUGUCAAAAAGGCGGCGCGCCUUGGCCGGUGGCACUGGAGUUGCUCAAAUCGAUCGAGAACUCCGACGUCGAAGCCAAUGAAGUCACUUGGAGCUCUGCUAUUGCAGCCUGUGGCAAGGCAGCUGAGUGGCAAAGAUCUUUGUUUUUGCUCCACGACGCUCGGAGCGCGGCCGGCUCCUUGCGGGGCGCUCGAGGUGCGGAUUCGGUGCGCUGGCAGCUGGUCUCCUUUGGCGCAGCGCUGGCCGCAUGUGCCGAGGGCAAAGCCUGGCGAGAAGCACUUGGUCUCUUCGAGUAUAUGCAUGAGUUUGGACCGAAGCCCAAUGUGAUUUGUGCCAAUUCCCUGCUGAAUGCCUUUGCGAGAAGCCUUCACUGGGAGAAAGCGAUGGCACAGCUAGUGGCGCUGCAAGAGAGAGGACCUGCGCCCAGUGUCAUCAGCUUCAAUACGGUCAUGAGCGCUUGCCGGUCUUCUUGGCAGCGCACUUGGAGUGUCUUGCAGCUCAUGCAGGACUGCUCGCUGGCCAAUGACAGCUCCUUCAGCACCUUUAUCGCAUCUUUGCCAGCAGAGCAAUGGAGACUUGCUCUUGCAGUCCUUCAAGCGCGACCGCCUGGGCGCUCACUGCCUGGCAGCUCGGCGCACGCGACCUUACUGGGACUGAUGGCUGAUGCCUUCGCAUGGCAAGAAGCUUUGCUGGUCUUUGGAGGAUUGGAGAUGCCAACCAGCGCUUGCUUCAACUCGACGAUGACGGCCUGUCACAGGUCUUUCCACUGGCAAGCGGCCCUGCGCAUCUUUGACCAAAUGAAGGUUGCCCAGCGCGACGCCAGCAGCUAUGCCAAUGCCUGCAGAGCCUUCGCGGAGGCCGCGCUGUGGCAGCGACAGUUAGAGCUCCUGUCGAGCGUCUAUCGGUCCAGUGCGCAUCUCUCGGUCCAGCUCUUUGAUGCCUGCCUCAUGGGUGCUGCGAAGACCGAACAUUGGCAGGUGGCAGUGGACAUCUUUGCCUCGAUGGAGGCAGCAGGGGUCCAGCCCGAUGAUCUCAUUCGUUCGCAGCUGAUGCGUGUCUUGGGCCCUCAUCAGACGGUGCUGGAGAAAGCGGACUGGGAACGCUUUCUGGCACGCUUUCCGCUGGGCACGCGCGAAGCGAACGUGGAGCUCUUGAGACAGGAAGAGACCGAGAAUCGGCCACAGGGAGAAGCAGGUCUUUUUAAGCCCCGAAAGCAGAGGACACUGAUCGCCACCUAUGAGCCAAGCUUGUCACCCCAACAGCUUCAUUCCCCGAUCCACAUGCCACGAUCAAAGCUGGAGGAGACCUGGUGGCUGAUUCGAGCCCCGGCCGUGAAACACGUCGAGCGAGGCGCAGAGGUCGUACCCGGAGGCUACCAGGAGGGGUUGGUGAGGUCGGACACUUGGAUGGCUUGA